AUGGACGGCCUUCUGGAAGUGGACGUCCUGAUCUACCCAGACGGGGUGCGGCUGGCCCGGCCGGAGGACAUCAGGGAAUGGGAGCUGGAGACGGCCACCAAGCUGGCCCUGCCCAGCGCCCGGCUCUUCGUGGCGCUGUACCCCUACAACCCGGCCGCCAUGUCCCCCAACCGCGAGACGGCGGCGGCGGAGCUGCCCUUUGUGCCGGGUCAGAUCAUCAAGGUGUUUGGUGAUAAGGACUCGGACGGCUUCUACCACGGGGAGUCGGGGGGGCUGCGGGGGGACGUCCCCAGCAACAUGGUGGCUGAGGUCCCCGUGGAGGACGAGGACAUGAAGGCGGUGCUGAUGCAGCAAGGCUUCCUGCUGGUGGACCACACCGGUAGGCCUGACCUGAGUGAGACCUCCAGUGUCCCUGACGACGUGGUUGUCCAACGCAUGGUCGCCAUCUUUGAAUACAACCCAUGGGAAAGCUCCCCUAACAUGGACAGUGAGGCCGAGCUUGGCUUUCGUUCAGGAGACAUCAUAUAUGUGUUUGGGGACAUGGAUCAAGAUGGAUUCUACUAUGGAGAUCUUCAUGGACGAAGGGGACUGGUUCCAUCAAACUUCCUGCAACCCCUUCCCUGGAACUAG